UCGAGUCGUUGCCUUCACCUGACGAGGACGUGUCGUUCGCCUGCGCCCGUUCUUCGCGCCUCGUCGCUCCAGUCCCGUGCUGCCCACCGCCCUCCCGCAGGAUGGCCCAUAAGCAGAUCUACUACUCGGACAAGUACUUCGAUGAGCACUACGAGUACCGGCAUGUCAUGUUACCCAGAGAACUUUCCAAACAAGUACCCAAAACCCAUCUGAUGUCUGAAGAGGAGUGGAGGAGACUUGGUGUCCAACAGAGUCUAGGCUGGGUUCAUUACAUGAUUCAUGAGCCAGAACCACACAUUCUUCUCUUUAGACGACCUCUUCCAAAAGAUCAACAAAAAUGAAGUCUAUCUGGGGAUCAUCAAUUAAAUCUUUUUCAAAUUUAAUGUAUAUGUGUAUAUAAGGUAGUAUUCAGUGAAUACUUGAAAAAAUGUACAAAGUGUUCAUCCAUUCCUGUGCAUGAGCUGUAUUCUUCACAGCAACAGAGCUCAGUUAAGUGCAACUGCAAGUAGGUUACUGUAAGGUGUUUAAAAUUUCUUCUAGUCAGAUUUUCUUUUAAUGUAAGUGCCUGUUUGAC